UGGACUGAAAGUUAAAGUCAAGUACAGAAGAAACGGAAAACUGCUCGACAAAAGGCAGAAUCAUUUUGUGUUAUUUGUGAACUGUGUAAUUCUAAUUUAUUUUCCAAAAAACAUUGAUACCAUAAAUCACUUGAGUAUUUAUAAUAUACAAUGAGUACUUCCACUACCAACAAAAAGAGAUUGUGUUCAUUUGGCUUCAACUGAACAUUACUGGCUCCUCCACGUCGAGAGGAGCCAGAACACGUUGGAGGGACUAUGUCUCUCGGCUGGCCUGGGAACGCCUCGGGGUCCCCCCAGAGGAGCUGGAGGACGUGUCUGGGGUGAAGGAAAUCUGGGAGUCCCUGCUUAGACUGCUGCCCCCGCGAUCCGGCCCCGGAUAAGUGGAAGAAAAUGGAUGGAUAGAUGCACAUUACAGGUGACAUCACACUCUCUCUGUCUUUUACAUAGUCUAUGCUCUCAACACUGUUUUCCUCUGGCAAAAACUGGAGAACGGCCUUUCAGGUUCACCAAAGACAGAGAGGAAUGAUGCUUCAGUCCAAACCCAGGGAACAAGAGGCUCAGUGAAGGAGGAGGAGAAAGUGUGGAGAGGAAAGAGGUUUUUAUUAGUGCAGAUCUGAUAGAGUCGAAGAGCCAGCCUCAUAGUCCAGGAACACACCCACUCUGAAGGAGGGCACCUCUAACUGGGACCUACUUGAGGGGACAUCCAAAUUAAACACAUUUUCUGUUGCCGUUGUCCAUUGUCCAACAAGGAAGUAAAAAAAUAAACUUAAAAAGAAUUCAAAACUAGACCAAACUAGUAAAGAUUUUUAGUCAGAUCUUAAAUAUAAUCAUGUUAAUGUUGUUUUCGUGAAAUGAGUAGGCUAAAGGUUAUUAUUGUUAUCAUUCUUAUAAACUGGUGUGACAGGAAAAGCAGUCAGUGAUGGCGCGGCACUGUGAUUCAUAAAUUAUACUAAACUUAUUCUGUGACAUGUUACACUUGUUUUAGAUACUAGAUGUUGCUUAAAGCUGCACUCUGUAACUUUCCUGGUGAUGGACAUGCCCUGGGCGUGCACUGCUAACUGUUGGCUCUGCUCUGUCUAAGACUUUUUCAGACUUUAAUCUGAUCUUUAUUUGAACACAAUCUGACCAUAAAGAUCUUUAAGACUUGACGAGCUGGAACUGUAGCGGGGGAGAUGAUUUGUGUUGUUAAACACGUCUCUCACAGAAAAUUACAGUCACAAGCUAGCUAGCAUUUGCCAACAAUUUUUCAGUUAGUCCCACUCACCAUUUUUGUUGAAAAUAAAUCCCUUAAACAGGAUGAAGAGCAGUUGUAGUGAUCACAUGCUCCUGACUAUGUGUGUUUUUUUUUUUUAUACAUUUUGUGUUUCUAGUGUUUUAAGACAAUCUUAAAACUUUUUUGACAGUUGUCCUCAUUGUGUCACCAUGGUAACUCUUAAACAUUCCACCAUUAGAGACAUGUAGAUCACCCCCAGCGCGAUGUCACUGCAAAAUAUCAAUAGCACACUAUAUAACAUUAUCUUUUUUGUAUUUAUUGAUUUUUUUUCGCUCCUUGAAAAAAAUACAUUCUUACUGAAAGUGUGUUGCCUCUCCACAGAUCUGACCUGUAUCUCAAACUUUGGAAAAUUAAAGAAAAAGCCUGCAUCAGUUAUCAGGAAGCAUGUGUUAACAUGCUAGUUAUGGUUACCCUCUUGGCAAAAGUCCACAACUAAAAGUCAUUGCUGUAAAUAAUUAGAUGCUUAAGUGAAGAAUAAUUUUGGACCACCUCUAAUGUUUUUAAAAUAAUCCAAUUCAGUUUUUACAUUGUUAAGACGAUAAAAAUCAAGUACAGCGCCUUUACAUUUCAUUCUUGUGAUGAUUUUGUAAAAUGGCCAGGGUAAGUGUCUUGUGCAGACUUGUGAGUUGGUGACUCCGCCUGCCUCAGAAGUGAAAGUACAGUGCGGCUGGAGACAGUGGAACAGAGACCAGCAGAGACAAGCCAGAAGAAAAACAUGCAAGAGCCAGACUUGCUGAGAGUUGUCCUGUUGGGGAAACACGGCAGCGGGAAGAGUAGCCUGGCAAACAAGAUUCUAGGAGAAGAGAUUUUCACCGUGAGCCACAGAAGCGACGCAAAGAUCCGAUGCUCGCAGACGCACACCAAGCUGAUUAACGGGCUCAACGUGACGGUGAUCGACACUCCGGGGGUCCUGGGAGCAGAGCGGGCGCACCGGGAGCGGGCAGAGCAGGAGCGGCAGUGCGAGUGGCUGAGCUGCCUGGUCCAGUGCGCUCCGGGGCCUCACGCACUGCUGCUGGUGAUGCCCGUGCAGAGGUACACACGGCAGGAGCGAGCUGUGGUGGAGCACAUCAAGACACAGUUUGGGGAAGAGGUGUUCAGAUUCACCAUUGUAGUUUUCACUCAUGGAGAUCAGCUCCCGGAGAACACAGACAUCUUGGCGUUUGUGGAGCAGAGCGAAGGGCUAAAAGAGCUGGUGCUGGCCUGUGGGGGACGCUGUCACGUGGUCGACAACAAGUACUGGACCAAAGAGCGGCAAAAGGGAGACCCACAGCGGAGCAAUGAGUUUCAGGUGAAAGAGAUCCUGGCCACAGUCGUGAAAAUGACCAGUGAAAACCAGAGGUACUUGAGCAAUGAAGCAUUGGAAGAAGUGGAGAGGGAGAUCCAGAGUGAGCAGAGCCGCAUUCAUGCUGACAGCGGUUUGAGCCUGGAGGAGAGCAGAGAACAGGCUAAAAACUCUGUCCUUGAUAAAUACAUAGACCAAGCAUCAAGAUGCCCAUCCUAUGUGAAAUAUGCUGCAGUUGUGGCCGGUGUAGCAGGUGUGGCACUGGCGGCCAUCUUGGUGCUUCCGAAAGUGAUUAAGUUUUUAAAAAAUAAGCCCCCAUUGCCACUGCCCGUCCCUGUGAUGCCCAUAGAGCUCCCCACUCUGCCAGAUCUGCCGCCUGCACCUGAAGUGGUCCAAGAGGUUGUCCCACCUGUGAUAUCUGACCUUCUGGAGUCCAUUCUGACAGAACCAGAGGUGUUGUUUGAGAGAUAUGAUCCGUUCAACCUAUUUGAAUGUUAAAUGAAGUGCUGUUCUAUUUUAAAUUCCAUAAACAUGACCUGUGCCCCCAGAGGUAAACAUGUUCAAAUCAAAUAUAGCUUUUACUGAUAACAAUUACAAUGCUGAUUUAUUAUGAAUUACAAAAAAUAAAAAUAAAAAAAUAAAAAAAAAUACACAUGAUGUACUUUAAGUUAUAAUUUGGUGUUUGGAUAAUUGGGAACCAAUGAGAAAGCAGAAUGAGCCUCACAUGAGGUUUUGGUUGCCAUGUUCAAUGUUGAAAUCCAGUUGGUUUAAAACCAUCACGCUCUCCUCGGGGUCACAUUGACCAGAAUAAAUUCUUUUUUUCCUUCCUGCUCUCUUGGGGCGGGUCAAUCAGACUCAAAAAUGUAUUUUCAAAUAAAUUCUCGCCAGAAUUGUUGGGUCUUGACCCACCCCAAGAGAGCGGGAAGGAAAAAAAAAAUAAAUCUUUGAGUUAGUGUGACUCCGAGGAGAGCGUGAUGAUACCUAAAAUGUCUCUCUGAUCUGAAUGGUCACCUAAACUCCAGCGCCUACAGCCAACCAUGAAUCAGUGGUAGUGCAGCCUCUGCAGCUCAGGGAGGGAAUUCUGGAGAUUCUGGGCUUUCACAUAAAACAUGGUCUGUUCAUGUACUGAGAAGGAGCCAAACUUGUGUGUCCUCUAUCUGCAGGUUAAGGCUCAAGCAACACAGGUUAAAUUGAGUGUGUAGUUUUUUUUUUAUUAAUUUUUUUUAACCAGUAAGAGUGCAGGUUAUAUACAGUUCCUUUAAUACCGUUAAACUAAUGCAGCAGGUCACUGCAUCUUAAAAGAACUGUGCAUAAGAUUUUGAUUUCCACAAACAUGACCUGUAUCUCCAGAUACGAGGGAAACAUCUUCAAAUCAAAUAGUUUUACUGAUAAUUAAAAAAAACUGAUAAUAAUGCUUAUUUCUUCUUAUUUACAAAAACAUCAGACAUGACAUACCUAUUUGGGUGACAAUUCAGUUUUGGUUCUCAAGAUGAUUAUCCAAUCAGAAAGCAGAAUGAGCCUCACUUGAAUCUCAGAGCAGCUGUGGUAACAACAGAAAAGAACUCAGAGUGUCGAAUGAAUAUUACACUAUAAAGCAUCUUUGAGAGUCCAAAAAACACUGCAUAAAUCUAAUGCAUUACUAUUCAUUAGAGAUUUUCCUGUUUACAUGUAAUUUUCAUAGUUGCUAAUUAGAUAUUGAAUAU